AUGGCAUUUUAUAGCUGCUGUUUGAUCCUCUUGGCAUGCUUUACCUGGCAUGCUUCAGCUUAUGGACCUGAUCAGCGAGCCCAGAAGAAGGGGGACAUUAUCCUUGGAGGGCUCUUUCCAAUUCAUUUUGGAGUAGCAGCCAAAGAUCAAGAUCUCAAAUCAAGGCCGGAAUCUGUGGAAUGUAUCAGGUAUAAUUUCCGAGGAUUUCGAUGGUUACAAGCUAUGAUAUUUGCCAUAGAGGAAAUAAACAGCAGCCCGGCCCUUCUGCCUAACAUGACUCUGGGAUACAGGAUAUUCGACACUUGCAACACCGUUUCUAAAGCUUUGGAGGCCACGCUGAGUUUUGUGGCCCAAAACAAAAUCGAUUCUUUGAACCUUGAUGAGUUCUGCAACUGCUCAGAGCACAUCCCCUCCACAAUCGCUGUGGUGGGAGCCACGGGUUCGGGCAUCUCCACGGCGGUGGCGAACCUGCUAGGCCUCUUCUACAUUCCCCAGGUCAGCUAUGCCUCCUCCAGUAGACUCCUCAGCAACAAGAAUCAGUUCAAGUCCUUCCUCCGGACCAUCCCCAAUGAUGAACACCAGGCCACCGCCAUGGCAGACAUUAUUGAAUAUUUCCGCUGGAACUGGGUGGGCACAAUUGCUGCUGAUGAUGACUAUGGCCGGCCAGGGAUUGAGAAGUUUCGAGAGGAAGCUGAAGAGAGGGACAUCUGUAUUGACUUCAGUGAGCUCAUCUCCCAAUACUCUGAUGAGGAAGAGAUCCAGCAAGUGGUGGAGGUGAUCCAGAAUUCCACUGCUAAAGUCAUUGUAGUUUUCUCCAGUGGUCCAGACCUUGAACCUCUCAUCAAGGAAAUUGUCCGGCGCAAUAUCACAGGCAGGAUCUGGCUAGCCAGCGAGGCAUGGGCCAGUUCUUCCUUGAUCGCCAUGCCUGAAUACUUCCAUGUGGUUGGAGGCACCAUCGGAUUUGCUCUGAAGGCCGGGCAGAUUCCAGGUUUCCGGGAAUUCCUGCAGAAAGUUCACCCCAGAAAGUCUAUCCACAAUGGCUUUGCCAAGGAGUUUUGGGAAGAAACAUUUAACUGCCACCUCCAAGAAGGUACUAAAGGACCAUUACCUAUGGACACCUUCCUGAGAAGUCAUGAAGAAGGUGGUAGCAGAAUAAACAACAGCUCCACUGUCUUUCGACCUCUCUGUACAGGAGAUGAGAACAUCAGCAGUGUUGAGACCCCUUACAUGGAUUAUACACAUUUACGGAUAUCCUACAAUGUCUACUUAGCAGUCUACUCUAUUGCUCAUGCUCUGCAAGAUAUAUAUACUUGUUUACCGGGGCGAGGGCUCUUCACCAAUGGUUCCUGUGCAGACAUCAAGAAGGUGGAGGCUUGGCAGGUCCUGAAGCACCUUCGGCACCUAAACUUUACCAACAACAUGGGAGAACAAGUGACUUUUGAUGAGUGUGGUGACCUGGUGGGAAACUAUUCCAUCAUCAACUGGCACCUCUCCCCUGAGGAUGGCUCCAUUGUGUUUAAGGAGGUUGGAUAUUACAACGUCUAUGCAAAGAAGGGAGAGAGGCUUUUCAUCAACGAGGAGAAGAUCUUGUGGAGUGGGUUCUCCAGGGAGCCUCACCCGAAAGCUGCACUCAUUUGUGUGUUCUCUGUCCUUCAGGUACCUUUCUCCAACUGCAGCAGAGACUGCCUGGCAGGGACCAGGAAAGGAAUCAUUGAGGGGAAGCCCACCUGCUGUUUUGAAUGUGUAGAGUGUCCAGAUGGGGAGUACAGUGAUGAGACAGAUGCAAGUGCCUGUGACAAGUGCCCUGAUGACUUCUGGUCCAAUGAGAACCACACCUCUUGCAUCGCCAAGGAGAUUGAGUUUCUGUCGUGGACGGAGCCCUUUGGCAUCGCGCUCACCCUCUUCGCGGUGCUGGGCAUUUUCCUGACCGCCUUCGUGCUGGGUGUCUUCAUCAAGUUCCGCAACACGCCCAUAGUCAAGGCCACCAACCGGGAGCUCUCCUACCUCCUCCUCUUCUCCCUCCUCUGCUGUUUCUCAAGCUCCCUGUUCUUCAUCGGGGAGCCCCAGGACUGGACGUGCCGCCUGCGACAGCCAGCCUUCGGCAUCAGCUUUGUGCUCUGCAUCUCGUGCAUCCUGGUGAAAACCAACCGUGUCCUCCUGGUGUUUGAGGCCAAGAUCCCCACCAGCUUCCACCGCAAGUGGUGGGGGCUCAACCUGCAGUUCCUCCUGGUCUUCCUCUGCACCUUCAUGCAGAUCGUCAUCUGUGUGAUCUGGCUCUACACAGCGCCCCCCUCCAGCUACCGCAACCAUGAGCUGGAAGACGAGAUCAUCUUCAUCACGUGCCACGAGGGCUCCCUCAUGGCUCUGGGCUUCCUGAUCGGCUACACCUGCCUGCUGGCUGCCAUCUGCUUCUUCUUUGCCUUCAAGUCCCGGAAGCUGCCAGAGAACUUCAACGAAGCCAAGUUCAUCACCUUCAGCAUGCUGAUCUUCUUCAUCGUCUGGAUCUCCUUCAUUCCCGCCUACGCCAGCACCUAUGGCAAGUUUGUCUCUGCUGUGGAGGUGAUCGCCAUCCUGGCAGCCAGCUUUGGCUUGCUGGCCUGCAUCUUCUUCAACAAGGUCUACAUCAUUCUCUUCAAGCCAUCCCGGAACACCAUCGAGGAGGUGCGCUGCAGCACCGCAGCUCACGCCUUCAAGGUGGCAGCUCGGGCCACGCUGCGCCGCAGCAAUGCCUCCCGCAAGCGGUCCAGCAGCCUGGGAGGCUCCACGGGGUCCACUCCCUCCUCCUCCAUCAGCAGCAAGAGCAACAGCGAAGACCCCUUCCCACCAGCAGAGAGGCAGAAACAGCAGCAGCCUCUGGCCCUGACCCAGCAGGAGCCACAGCCGCAGCAGCCUCUGAGCCUGCAGCCGCAGGGGCAGCCCAGGUGCCAGCAGAAGGUCAUCUUCGGCAGCGGCACAGUCACCUUCUCACUGAGCUUUGACGAGCCUCAGAAGAGUGCCAUGGCUCACGGGAAUUCCACCCAGCAGAACUCCCUGGAAGCCCAGAAAAGCAGCGAUGCCUUGACCAAACAGCAGGCGCUACUCCCACUGCAAUGUGGGGAGGUUGACUCGGAACCGAGCCCCCAGGAGCCAGGCCUGCCAGGACCUGUCAGUGGGGACUGUCCGCCAGAUAUGAAGGACCCUGACGAGAUGUCCCCAGCACGAGUUGUGUCGGGUUCCCGGGGCUUUGUCAUCAGUGGCGGAGGCAGCACUGUCACAGAAAACAUGCUGCAUUAG